AUGUUAGGCCGCGUAGCUCCGGGUGUCUGCGCCCAGGUGACCAUGGUGGUCAACCACCAGCAGAACCGUAACAUGGCUACUUUGAAGUCCAUUUCGCUUCGUCUGAAAUCAGUAAAGAAUAUUCAAAAAAUUACCCAGUCCAUGAAGAUGGUGUCAGCUGCUAAAUAUACUCGUGCUGAGCGUGAUUUAAAGGCUGCUAGACCUUAUGGAGAAGGUUCUGUUAUUUUCUAUGACCGUGCUGAGGUAACACCUCCUGAAGAUGAUCCUAAGCAAUUGUAUAUUGCUAUGACUUCCGAUAGAGGUCUAUGUGGUGCAGUACACACUAGUGUCUGCAAAGUAAUUCGUACCAAGCUGCAAGAGCCUGGUGCUGAGAACAUUAAAGUGAUCUGUGUGGGAGAUAAGUCCCGUAGCUUUCUGCAACGUCUGUAUGGGAAACACAUCAUUAGUGUUUGUAAUGAGAUUGGUCGCUUACCACCUACAUUCAAAGACGCUGCCACAAUUGCAAAUGCAAUUCUGACCUCCGGCUAUGAGUUUGGAUCCGGCAAGAUUGUUUACAACAAGUUCAGGUCUGUUGUCUCUUAUGAACAAUCUGACUUGCCUCUCUUCAGCUUGAAAUCUAUCGAGAGUGCUCCAAAACUGGCAACAUACGAUUCCCUCGAUUCCGACGUGAUGCAAUCAUACAUGGAGUUUUCCCUCGCAUCCAUGAUUUUCUAUGCGCUCAAAGAGGGCGCCUGCUCCGAACAAUCGGCUCGUAUGACAUCUAUGGACAACGCUUCCAAGAACGCUGGAGAAAUGAUUGACAAACUCACGCUUACCUUCAACAGAACUCGUCAAGCCGUAAUUACCAGAGAACUUAUCGAAAUUAUCUCUGGUGCUGCCGCUUUGGAAUAG